CUCCCGAGAGGCGUGAAAAUGGACGACGUCCCGGCGCUGGUUCACAUCUCCAUCUCGUUGUGGAUCCAACCCAACGACGGCGACGUUUUCUUCAAGGUGGACGGAAGCCGAUUCGGACAAACCAGAACCGUCAAAUUGCUGACGGGUUCCAAGUAUAAGAUUCAAGUUCUCGUCAAGCCCGGAAAUGUCGAGGCCACAAAUAUGAACAUCGGCGGUGUGGUGUUCCCUCUGGAGGAGCAGUCUCGAGACGCCGAUCACGUUGUCUAUCACGGGCGCUAUGACACCGAGGGCGUGCCGCACACCAAGAGCGGCGACCGGCAGCCCGUGGAAGUCAGCAUUCAGUUUGAGCGCGCCGGCACGUUCGAGACCGUCUGGCAGGCCAAGUACUACAACUACUACAAGCGCGAGCACUGCCAGUUUGGUAACAAAUUCAGCAGCAUCGAGUACGAGUGCAAGCCCAACGAGACGCGCACCCUCAUGUGGAUCAACAAGGAGGCCUUCAACUGAACGCCGCACACGCAACACGAUUUCUUCCUCCGCUUUUUCUAUUAUUUAUUUCAAUAUGUUCUACGAUUGUGUACGUGUCGUGUCUGGGCUGGCCGGCGAGCGGGAU